GAAAUGAGUUAAAAGUCCCACACGCUGUCAACAACACAAACACGUGCUUCCAGUAACUACAGGCUACAUAACGUCAUCUACGUUGUUUUAUUUUUUAUUUAACGUUAAUAGUUCGAUUUUCUAAAGUAGUCAUGCAGUUGUGUGGAGUUUGCAGCGAACAUGUUCCUAAAUACAGAUGUCCGGCCUGCAGAAUCAGAUAUUGUUCAGUGAGUUGCUUUAAAAGACACAAGGAUGAUGAUUCAUGUCACCCAAUUAAAGAGCCCGAUCCAGCCUCCAGCACCCCGACCCCAGUGCGUAGCGCUGAACAGCCGUGGGUUGUUGAGGAUCUCCUUGAUGAAGACAGUCAGACUGACAAAGUGCCGUUACAGAAACUUCAGCAGCUCGGAGAUUCAGAGGCGCUGAAGGAUCUGUUGAGGAAUCCUCAUCUCCGACAGCUGAUGAUGGCAGUGGACUCGGCCGGAGAUAAAGCCAAAGCCAUGAAAGACGCCAUGCAGGAGCCGCUGUUCGUGGAGUUUGCGGAUCAGUGCUUAAAAAUUAUUGAACCUACGCAAAUAGACAGUGUCGAUGACGGAUACUGAUUUCAUUGAACUCUUAAUGAGUAACACACAUCAUGACAGUCCAUUGGGUUUUGUUUGAAACAAUCGGAGGCAUCUACACUUGUGUCUGAUAAACAUACUCAAAUGGCUCAAAAUAUUUGCUACAUAUGCAUGUUUUCUCAACAUAUUACUGAGCCUUUGUGUUGUCACACAUGCACUAUUGCAUCCAGUCGUUUAUAACACGUCAUGCAUUUUAUAAUAAAUGUAAAAAGACACCAAAAACAGAACAUCUGUAAUGAUUUUUAUUUGAAUUAUCAAAGUUUGACCAAGUGUUUGUUAAAGCAGUACCUGAGCACAAACAAUAAACAUGUUUUGUUGAUUAAU